CACAGUUCCCCCCACCUCCUCAGUGCUCAUUUCUGCCCAAAGACUGAUCCAGCUUGCCCCACGGCAGGUAUGAACCAGACUCAGGUGAUGGAAUUUGUGCUCUUGGGCUUUCCCCACAGCCAGCCCUUCUUCUUUGCUCUUUUCCUGACCAUCUACCUGGCCACGCUGCUGGGGAACUCUGCAAUACUCUCCCUCGUGUCCCUCGAUCCCCAUCUCCACAGCCCCAUGUACUUUUUCCUUAGUCACCUGUCCUGCUUAGACCUUUGCUACUCAUCAGUGACAGUGCCCAAGAUCCUGGCAAACACUCUGCGCCCACAGGCAACCAUCUCCUACGGCGGGUGCCUGGCGCAGAUGUUCUUCCUGAUGUGGUGCGCGGGGGCCGAGUGCGCGCUGCUCGCUGUCAUGGCCUACGACCGCUACGCUGCCGUGUGCCAGCCCCUGCACUACGCCCAGGCCCUGAGCCACAGCACCUGUGCAGCAGCUGCUGCUGCCUGCUGGCUCUGGGGGCUGCUGGACUCGGCCGUGCACACCCUCCUGGCGACCCGGCUCUCGUUCUGCGGGGCUGCCCAGCUCCAGCACAUCUUCUGCGACGUGCCGCCGCUGCUGGGGGCCACCUGCAGCAACACCCGCCCCAAUGAGCUGGCCCUCCAUGUGUCCAGCAUCUUUGUGGGACUCAGUCCCUUCCUGUUUGUUGUAAUCUCCUACCUUUGCAUCCUGGCCACCAUCCUGGGGAUGCCACUGGCCACCAGCCGGCGCAAGGCCUUCUCCACCUGCUCUGCACACCUGCUCGUGAUCACCCUGUACUUCACGACAGCCAACCUGAACUACAACCGGCCCAGCUCAGGUUACUCCCCAGCAGCUGAUGUACUGGUCUCCGUGUUGUACUGCAUCAUCACCCCCAUGCUCAACCCCCUCAUCUACAGCCUUCGCAACCAGGAGGUGUGGGGGGCCCUGCGGAAGGUUCUGUGGCAGGGGAGGGGGAGUGAGUGA